AUGGCCUCGUCCUCAUCCUCCCGUCAGCGCUCCUACGACUCGCUGGCCAGCUCCGCCUCCAUGUCGUCCGACUCGUCCGCCAAGCGCAUCCGCCUGGAGCCCGCCCAUUUCGACGACGAAGAUGCUCACGUCCUGACAUGCCACUCGCUGGAGCACAGCAUGCGGUUAGCGCCAGAGCACGACGAAGCGCGUCUGCAGGAGAUUGAGCAAGAAGAAGACGAAGAAUUGCAAGCGUCGUCGGUGCGCUAUGUCAUCGACACCAGCAGCCGCCCGCAAGAAGCGCGCCCCCAAGAGCCGCUGCAGGUCGACCGCAUCCAGCCACGUGACAAGUCGCGCGAGGAGUACGUGCAUGCCCUGCAGCUGGGCUACAACCAGCUCAUCGACGUGCUGCUGCGCGACGUGCAAAAGGCCACGGACGCCCUGGUCGGCAGCAAGCACGCGUCGGUGCGCAAGAUCUGCUACGACAUCCUGGCCAGCACCGAGAACUGCGUGCUGCACGCCCUGCUGGACGGCAACCUGGCCUGGGACGCCGAGCACGACGUGACGACGGGCCAGGCCCUGGACCGCCUGCGCGAGCAGGCCCAGCACCAGCCGUGCGUCUACCAGCGCGUGCUGGUCGACGAGCUGUGCCAGUCGCCCACGCCCGCCGAGCUGUUCGACGUCAUCGAGGGCCUGCGCCGCUACGCCCGCACCGGCGAGUGGAGCCUGGCCGUGCAGGUCGACAGCGUGCGCCAGCCCGACAACUGGAACGAGAACCUGUCCAAGGCCGGUCGCCGCAAGUACCUGGCCGCCGCGGGGAGCCCGUACGAGGCGCCCAGUCCGGCGCGCCUGGCCGAGCUGGAGAUGUUCUGCCAGCGCCUGCACGCCCGCCUCGACCGCAUCCCCACGGCCGAGUGGCAGGAGCCGCUGCGCUUCCCGCUCGUCGACGUGGCCUACACGGUCAACUACGAGGCGCGACUCGCCGCCAACGAGCAGCACGCGUCGGCGCGCGGCUUCCUGAUGAACCUGGUCGAGGCCAUGUGCGCCGUGCUCUUCCCCAACCGCUACCGCGCGCGCCAGUUCCCCGUCUACCUCGUCUUCGAGGCGCAGCAGGCCGUCAUGGCCGACCUGGUGCUGGGCCAGCUGUCGCAGGCACUGGCCGCCACGGGCGGCGGCUGCGCGUACUGGGCGACGGACCUGCUGCACGGCUCGGCCAUGGCCGUCGACGACAAGAAUUGGGCUCGUUACGAGAAGUGGGCCGUCGACCACUCGCCGUACGUGGCCAAUUGCCGCGCCGACGCGCCGCGGCAGAACGAGGAGCUGGACCGCAUCAAGCGCAUCAUCGAGGCCAAGAAGCGCGAGAUGAUUGAGCUGAAGAAGGAGUACAACGAGGGCCAGCUGCAGAUGCGGUUGGCUGCCCGCGAUAUCACGAGGCGUGUGGCCAGGUGUAACCGCUACAACUUCUGA